AAAAAAAUGAAACGUCAAAACCAGCUGCUGUACAACGCGCACGCAUUCACAGAGUCUGCCUUUAACGCAGAAAAUGGAUUACGAAUUGAGAAAUAUCAAAGAUUUCCUCCAAAUGUACAAUAAAAUAACAGACAUGUGCUUCAACUCGUGUGUAGAGAACCUGUUUAGCCGGGAUUUAUCGCGUGAAGAGACGCUAUGCGCUGAUAAUUGCGUGGGCAAGUUUGCCAUUGUCAACCAACGUUUGCUGCACGUAUACAUGGGAGUUCAGACGGACAUAAAUCAGAGAAGAAUGAUCGAAAUGGAAGCUCAACAGACGAAAAUAAUAGCUGAGACACAGCAACGUGCAUCCGAACCAAAGAUACAAGAUGUUUCGCAAGGCACAAAGUAAUGUACAAA